GACAUUUUUUUAUAUUUUUUUCCUUCCUUUUUCUUUUGUUUUUGGAUUUUUUCCCCCUCAAAGAUGCUUUUUCCACUUGGACAGCACACAAUGUGCUGGCUAGCUUAGCCAACGUGGAAAUGCUCCUCAAAGACACAGUUCGGAUGCAUCUUAGCUGUUUUUCUUUUUGCAAGAUUGUCUAGCUUUGAUUUUUCUAGUGUUUAUAUGAAGAUUUUUCCUUGAGGAUGUGUUUUUGGCCGGUUAUUGUAGUUGCCGGCCGGCUGCAGCAGCAUCCUGGUCCAAUGGUUGAUUCACGCUUUGCAGCAGAUUUAUCAGAGUUUUGCAGGCUUUGUUUUUUUUGUUUUUAAUUUUUUUUUCUUUUUCACAAGGACAGGAACUGGUUUGAUUGCUUCGUAUUUUUCAAUGCUUUUCAAUGGGUGUUUGGCCAACAUUAGCCAUGCUAAGUGUGUGUCGCACUAAAGCCUGCAGGGGGCGCUGUCGAUGUCCAGGCGGGGGUUUUGUGGAUGGCUUAGUAUAAAUCGCGAGGGGCGAAGGUGAAGGUCCAGACACCAGCCCAAACUCAGCCCAACCCACAGUGUCAAACCUCAGGCAGAUGACAGCCCAGCACACAGACGCUAUGGAUCGUUCACCCACCAACGCCGCCCUGAUGGCCAGCAACGUCACCAACAAAACGGACCCGCGUUCGCUCAACUCUCGGGUCUUCAUUGGCAACCUCAACACCCUGCUGGUCACCAAGACAGACGUGGAGGCCAUCUUCGCCAAAUACGGGAAGAUCGUGGGCUGCUCCGUCCACAAGGGCUACGCCUUUGUCCAGUACGCCAAUGAGAGAACCGCUCGCGCCGCCGUCGGCGGGGAGGACGGCAGAAUGAUUGUUGGACAAGUGCUUGACAUCAACCUGGCCGGAGAACCCAAACCACACAGGUCAAAAACCACCAAGCGCUCCGCUGGAGACAUGUACAGCAGUUCCUCGUUCGAGCUCGACUAUGAUUUUCAGAGAGAUUAUUAUGACAGAAUGUAUUCGUACCCGUCUCGUGUCCCCGCCCCUCCCCCUCCUCUGUCGCGGGCUGUGAUCCCGUCCAAACGCCCGCGGGUCAGCCUGAGCGGCGGGAGCAGCCGGCGGACCAAGAGCAGCUUCACCUCUUCCUCCAAGAGCAGUCAGAGGACCUCGUCAUCGAGAACGAUGAGAGUGGAUGAGCUGCAAACCAUCAAGCGGGAGUUAACCCAGAUUAAAAGCAAAGUGGAUGACCUGCUGGAGAGCCUGGAGCGCAUGGAGAAGGACCACAGCAAGAAGUCGGCUAAGAGCACCAAGCCAGAGCCGGGAGAGGUGACUUCACCUCCUCACUCCAGCAACAAGAAGGACGACGGACUGAAGAGAGACAGGGAGAGCCAGGACAUGAACGACUCAGAAGAGGAAGAAGAGGAGGAGGAGGAGGAAGAGGAGGGAGACCUGCUGGAGGAGGAAGAGGUGAAAAGUCAAGAGAGAGAGGAGGAGGAAGAGGAAGAAGAGGAAGGCGAGCAUGUGGAAAGAGACGAUGACGACGGCGACAGUGUGAACGGCGACGAUGAUUCGUAGGCUCGGCCGACAGCAGCUCCCCCAGAACGAGCUCAGGCUCCUGUUUUAACACUCAUGUUGAAUAUAAAACCUAAAAAAACGUGCACACAAACACAAGCAUGGUGCACACACUGUUGUCACAUUGUUCCUGAAGUUUUUUCUUUUCUUUCUUUUGUGUCAAGUAUCUCUGUAACAGAAGUAACUAGCUGUAGGUUUGUGUUUUCACGCGUCUUCAAGCGAAGGCAGGAACAUGGACUGGAGAUUGUUCUCAGAGACGACGGCUCGAUGGACAUGUCUUAACGGGAGGAUGGACAGGAAUUCAGCAGCAGAAGACAGUUUUUAGCUUUCCUCUUUUUUUUUUUUUUUUCUUCCCCUCAGUGAGUUUGUUUGACCUUGUUUGUCUGUAUGUUAAUGUCUGUUUUUUUUAUACUUUUCAGUUUUACUGUAAAGAAAUAAAUUGCAAUAAAAUAUUAGAAUUGAA